AUGGCGGGGCAAAAUGGUGGUGCUGGUUUUGGGAACCUAAUACAAGGUGCGGGAAGGCAGUUGCUAAAUCAAGGAGGCCAGGCCUUGCUUCAGUAUGGCGCCCAAGCACUUGGAAAUAUCAUUAAUGAAGUGUUCCAGAAGAAAGAGGUUGAACAAAAAAGAUUUCUUCCAAGCAUUAAAAACUAUAAAGUGCUCGGCGAAACGCGCCCGUCAUCUUUCGGCCCGGCCACUUAUCAAGACUUCAAGGAAAUACGAUCAAGAUGCCUAGCUGAAGGCAGACUGUUCGAGGAUCCAGAGUUCCCUCCAAUAGACCGUAGUCUUUACUAUAAGGAGAGAUUGGAUCGACCUAUCACUUGGCUCAGACCUGGAGAAAUAUGCGAAGAUCCGCAACUCUUCGUGGAAGGGUACAGUCGUUUCGACAUACAGCAGGGCGAGUUGGGCGACUGCUGGCUGCUCGCUGCAGUAGCUAAUCUCACGUUGCAUAGAAAAUUGUUCUUCCAAGUUGUGCCCGAUGAUCAAAGCUUCGACGAAGACUACGCCGGUGUCUUUCAUUUCCGGUUCUGGCAGUACGGACGCUGGGUGGACGUGGUGAUAGACGACCGGCUGCCCACGUACCGCGGCAAGCUGAUCUUCCUGCACUCGUCGGAGCGGAACGAGUUCUGGAGCGCACUGCUCGAAAAGGCAUACGCAAAAUUGCACGGCUCUUACGAGGCGCUAAAAGGCGGUUCGACAUGCGAGGCGAUGGAGGACUUCACCGGAGGCGUGACGGAAAUGUACGAAAUGUCAGAACUUCCGCCCAACUUCUACACUAUACUGCUGAAGGCGUACGAGAGGAACUCGCUUAUGGGAUGCAGUAUCGAGCCGGACCCCAACAUCCUGGAGGCGGAGACGCCGGCGGGGCUGAUCCGCGGGCACGCGUACUCGGUGACGCGCGUCAAGUACGUGGACAUCGAGACGCCCGGCCGCGCCGGCAAGAUCCCGCUGCUGCGCCUGCGCAACCCCUGGGGCAACGAGGCCGAGUGGAACGGGCCCUGGAGCGACAAAUCACCAGAAUGGCGUUUCAUUCCGGAAUCGGAGAAAGAGGAACUCGGCCUGACGUUCGACGACGACGGCGAGUUCUGGAUGUCCUUCAAGGACUUCGUCAACCAUUUCUCAAGAGUGGAGAUUUGCAACUUGAACCCGGACUCUCUGGACCCGGAGGAAUGUCCCGAAGGCUGUACCAAGAAAUGGGAGAUGUCUGUGUUUGAAGGGGAAUGGGUUAGAGGUGUUACAGCGGGAGGGUGCAGGAACUAUUUGGAUACUUUCUGGAAGAAUCCACAGUACACAGUCACAUUGACAGAUGUGGAUGAGGGCGAAGACGAGAACAAAUGUACUAUAAUCGUAGCGUUGAUGCAGAAGAACCGUCGCUCCCAACGUCACCAGGGACUCGAAUGCCUGACCAUAGGCUUCGCAGUGUACCGCUUGCCUGACUACGGCCAUGUACCCAAACCGCUGGACAUCAAUUUCUUCAAGUACAACGCUUCUGUGGGACGCUCCCAAGCAUUCAUCAAUCUGAGAGAAGUCAGCGCUAGGUUUAAGUUCGAGCCGGGAACAUACGUGAUCGUGCCGUCCACCUUUGAGCCGAAUGAAGAGGGAGAGUUCUUACUGCGAGUGUUCUCUGAGAAGGACAACAACAUGGCUGAGAAUGACAGAGAUGUGGGCAUGGGCGAUGUCGACGAUCGGGUGAAAGAAAUAGCACCUGACCCAGAACCAGCAGAUCCAGUGCGUGAUUUCUUUAACCGCUUGGCCGGAGCCGACGGGGAAGUCGAUUGGCAGGAACUCAAGGAGAUCUUGGACUAUGCUAUGAGAGAAGAGCUAGCGAUGAAGCAGGGCGGCGCGUACGACGGCGGGGGGCUCGGCGGGGGCGCGGGGCCGGGCGGGGGGGAGCCGCCCGUGCAGAACUGCCUCGAGCAGCUGCUCUGUGCACUCUGCACGCCCAUCUGCAAGGAGUUUGGAAUCGACCUGCAGCAAGUACAGCAGCAGGCCGCGAACUCGGAGCAGGUCCAUCUCACCCAGCCGCAACCGACCACCGAACUAAAAGGCCAUGGUUUCUCCAAGGACGCGUGUAGGAGCAUGAUCGCGAUGUUGGAUAAGGACAACUCCGGCGGCCUCGGCUUUGAUGAGUUCAAAUCGCUUUGGGUUGAUCUGCGCAAUUGGCGGGCGGUGUUCCGUCUAUACGAUACGGAAGGUAGAAAUGCCAUCCCCGCACAGAACUUGCGCGACGCUUUGCAUUCAGCCGGCUAUACAGUCAACGCGCAUGUACUCAACGUUCUCGCUCAUAGAUACGGCUCGAGUGACGGCUACAUCCAGUUCGACGACUUUAUAAUGUGCGCCGUGCGAUUGAAGACCAUGAUCGAAACCUUUAAAGGGAGGUCUUCAGGUGGAGAUUACGCAACAUUCUCCCUCGAAGAAUGGCUGAAUCGCACAGUCUACUCUUAG